AUGUCUAGUGUGAGCUCUGACUGUGAAUCUUCGUACUAUACGGAAUCCGAAGCAGAAAGUGAUUACAUUACACAUGAGGAAGGAGAAUCGUCAGCACAGUUCAAUCACACCCUUGAGGUGGAAGAUAUUAUCCGCGGGCAUGUGGACGUAACGACAAAAAAUGCAGUCGGUCUGAACCACCAUUACAAAGCAAAACUAAUGACUCUACGGCAGAAACUGGAAGGGAUGCUUUUGCAAUGCCAAAAUCGUAUGCUUGAGGUAGAAAAAAAUCUAGAUGACAUCCGGUUAAAUUUAACGCUCAAAACGCGCCCUGCACGACCCCGGCAUCCGGGUUACAUCUGUGGACAACCGUUCUUUAAAGAUAACGAUCUCUACCCCGGUCCACACAACGAGGACUAUCUGUACCGGAAGAACGUGAAGAAAGAGUUUUUCCCACUGGAUAUGUUCGAAUCGAUUGAAACGCUCUGGACGAGCAAUGAUAAAAAGAUGGUAAAGGAUAGCGUAGCGAACCAGGCGUACGAGUUCGUGCGAAGGGAAACCCAGCUGCGGGAGAAAAUGUGCAUCAAUUCGGGCAAUGCGCGGAGCAUAAUAAAGGAUCGAAUCGAAUCGAAAACGCUACCUUUGGAAGAGAUCUGGCACGAAGCGCAAGCAUACGAUGGUAAAUAUGGGCGCCUAAAAUUCACCGUGGACUGGUUAAAAAUAUCGAACGCCAUCAUGAAUGGACGGCAUUCUGCGGCCGCCUGUGAGGGCAUGUGGAACAACUACCUCAUGCCCGGCUUGAAAAGAAGCAUGUGGACGCCGGAUGAAGAAUCGAGACUGGUCGCGGCCGUUGAAGCUAACAGACGCAGCAACUGGGUGCUUAUAGCGGUGAGCGUGGAAAAUCGUUCCGAGUACCAAUGCUUUGUGCAUUAUCAGACUAACUUUUCGGAACUGUCGCAAAUCAAAAAGAUGCCCUGGACGCAGGAAGAAGAUGAUCUAUUGUUGCGCUUGGUGAAUGAAAAUCGUAUUGGAAACAAUAUCAUUUGGAACAAAAUCGUAGAAAGGAUGCCGUACCGAAACAAGGUACAAGUAUACCAUCGGUACAAGUACACCCUGUUGCGUCCGCUUAGGGGGGCCAAGUUUACGGCCGAGGAAGAUUGUGUCAUUACCGCGUACGUGCAGCAGUUUGGCGAUGAUUUUAAAUUUUUCCCCGAAGAUCUACUACCGGGUAGGACGACGAAACAGGUUCGGGCUCGAUACAUGAAUACACUGCGCUUCGUCAAUUCACACGUCGGCUGGAGCCUCGAGGAGGACAAGCGCCUGAUGAGCUACAUCGCUGAAAAUCUUACCGAGGAAGGACCGGCAAAACUUUCCUGGGCCGAAUGUUCAAAGUAUCUCGGCAACCAUUCGCGGCUAAGUUGCCGCACUCGGUAUUACACCAUCGAAAAAUUCCUCGAGCGGAAUCCGAACGCCACGCUGGAAAGUGUACCUAGAAGAGAAAAGAAAAAGCUUUCCUCUAGCGUGACGGAUAAAAAUUGGAUAAAAACCAUCGUGGAAAUUAAGAGUGCACCACCCGUUGAUCGGAAUGCUGGAGCGCCGUUUAAUCCGUUAGAGGUCGGUAGACCGACAGUGGCCGAGUGGAGUUUGUACGAACAGAUGAAAUUUUGCUUCCGGUACAAGUUCGGCUACAAGCUGGCAGUAAACGAGAGACACAAUUACGUUUAUACGGGGACGAAAAUUGUGCUCUAUCUUUUGGAAGGAUUUCAAGAGUUGUCGUCCGAACCGGAACGAUUUCCAAGCGGCAUGUUGCAUCCGAACGGUGAAUUACUUCAGAUGAUGCAGACCGUACUUCGUCGUCCUCUGGACUGGGCCAGUAUCGUGGCUAUUAUGCAACCCAAGAUGACACCUUCGGGUGAAGCUAUGCUGUUCUGUCGUUUUCCUCCCAACUAUAAUACGGUGUUGGGUUUGCGCGGUCUUUGCCUGAAUGCUUGCAGUGUACAAACUAGACAAACCUUGCUCGAACCAAAACCUAAAAAGCUUGCCGCGUUCAAUCAACGAAUGUACGAUCAGGCAAUAGGAGCGUUUGUAGAUCGCUUCCGUAAGAUAUUUCACUGGACCAUGCUGCUAAUGAUGCUCAACAUUGAUGAUGUUUCGCUUGAGGAUGAAGAAUCAUCACGCCCAGAUCUUAGCGUUGGUAUGUCCCACAAAAGGCAUGACAAUCCAACAACAUUGUCACACAACAUUGUACCGGUAAAGGUGGAUAAGCUGAUGAACGUAUCGAGCAAUGUUUCGCAAUCGGACCACGUGAACACAGACACACCACAUUCGGCAACCGCUUUAAAUGAAAACAAUUUAAACAUUGUAACGAACAUAACAAUCAUCGAUCCGAAGGAUCUUCCAGCUGCUCCGGGAAAUGUUCCAGGCCAGCAAACUGAGUUUAAAUGUGAUAAUCAGUACUUAAGUGAGUCCCUUGCAACAUUGCACGACGGGAUUGAAACCCCCACACCUAACAGCCAAAGCUUAAAAUCAUAUCCUAGAUUGAAAACGAACAAUAUGGGAAAAUCGAUAACAAAUGAAGCUCUACAUGAACAAUGUAACCCUGGGAUGAUUUCCACGACGUCUAGGGCCACCAUUCAAGGUGUUGAAAAUCAAAUGCUAAAACAUGUACCAACAUUUACUGUUAUCGAAAUACCACAAGAAAUGCCAUUAGUGCAGCAGCAGAACGCUAGUACCGUUGCGAAUCACAGCACCCCACUCGAAGGGACGUCACACAAUAAUAUUAUUUACGACGAACAAACAAACGUUAAAAUGAGUUCAAUUGACGAACGGUAUCAUUUUAAACAAUUUUACGACCCAAGGAAAACGUGUAUUGUUCAAGACAGAGAUACGCAACUGGAAGGAGUCAUCGUUCCGUUGGAGCUGCCUCAGCAACAUAUGAUGAGCAAUGCACUUUCGAGUCUUCCAAGAGGAAGUUCAUGUUCGAAAGUAGAUGCGAUCAGUACCAGUCCUGUAAUUGCUAGCGAAGAUAUUAUAAUGAUCGAUGUUGAUCGUCAUCCGACAAAUGAUCCGAAUACUAUAAUUUCUAACACACAUGUCGAAAAUCUAGAUCAUGAUCAAGACCUGGAAUGUUUUGCUGUAACGAAACAGAACAUACUUGUAGUCCCAUUUAACCGGGUUGCAUACGAGAGAAAUUCCAUGGCGCAUAAUUUUAUUGAUGUUGUUGAAUGCGAAAAAGAACCAUCUGUGGAGACCACAUUAGUUGCACCGUUCGAGUCGCUCCAUCCCAAUAAAAUUUCAGAGAAAGAAAAGCGAGAAACUAGCAUUGUGCCAAAGGACCGAAACGAAUCUGAUGUCGCACCUGUCACUGAAGAGGUCUACAAUGCUGUGACGGAGCCGGUUCCAGACACAAACCUCGAUAGCAACGUAGAGCUCAUGGCCGAACCACUUACCGCUGUUGAUAUUAUUCGAAUGUUGCGCGCACGACAUAAUGCCUCUUAUUGCGAAGACAGUGACGAUGAAGAGGAAUUUGAACGUACACCAAUUAAUUAACGCAACUCCAGUGUAAUAUUUUCAAUUCGAUAUUAUCCGUUUAUUGAUCGUUAGUUAUUUCUUAUGACAACACGCACAAAUGUAUAGAAUCAUGGACAGAAUUAGCCAGGAUGAAUGGUGAUGAGAGAUGUAUGACCGAAACAAACCCUGGCAGCUUAGGUAAAGGUAUUAGCCAAACGUCGCAUACGCCGCGUAUUUCGAUCCUGGUCACGUAUCUUCUUUUCCAUUUCGGCAUCCGUAAGCGUUUCGAGGAAUGGUGCCCACUGGUCGGCCUCGCUCGGUGUCCGGAAGGGUACCUCUACCGUGGCUAGAGGAGUUUCACUGUACGCAUAGGUGCGCUGAUGCCACGACAGUUGGCCACGAAUGGAGUACGAGAUGGCCGUAACAAAUUCGCCCCCCAAUCCCAGUUCUGCACACAGUUUAAUGGCAAACUCCUCCGGGUUGUUCUCCUUCUCUGCCAUAUCCCAUUCAACCUGA